AUGGCUCGAACCAAGCACACUGCUCGCAAGUCGUUUGGAGGAAAAGCUCCGAGAAAGUCAUUGGCGACGAAGGCUGCUCGUAAGGUUUUCCCCGUCGACGGACAAGUCAAGAAGCGCUAUCGGCCAAGUUCCAAUGCACUCAAGGAAAUUCGAAAAUAUCAAAAAUCCACGGAGCUGCUGGUCCGCAAGUUGCCAUUCCAACGUCUCGUUCGUGAAGUCGCUCAAGAAAUCAUGCCGAACGUUCGAUUCCAAUCUGCUGCCAUUCAGGCUCUUCAUGAAGCUGCUGAAGCUUAUCUCAUCGGACUCUUCGAGGAUACCAACUUGUGUGCCAUCCAUGCAAAGCGAGUCACCAUCAUGCCGAAGGACAUGCAGUUGGCUAGAAGAAUUCGUGGCGAGCGUGGAUAA